AUGGACGCUGAUCAUGAACUGAAAAUGAAUCUUUCUCGUAGAGAGAUUCGAGUGCUUUUACUUCAUGAAUUCCGUCUUGGUCACAAAGCAACGAAAGCAGCCAACAACAUAUGCAGCACGAUGGGGGAGGAUGUACUCUCUACUCGUACGGCACAACAUUGGUUCAAUCGCUUUAAGAACGGUAACUUAGAACUCGACGAUUUACCUCGGUCUGGUAGACCACUGGAAGUGGAUGUGGAUCUCUUAAAGCAGCUUAUCGAACAAGAUCCUCGAUUGACUUUACGGUGCUUAGCAGAGCAGCUUGGGUGCUCUUAUGUCGCAGUGGAAAAACAUCUGAACGAAUUAGGCAAGACAUGGAAAUAUGGGGUUUGGAUACCCCACGAGUUAUCACCACAUCAGCUACAACACCGGGUUGAUGCUUGUAUGGAUUUAAUGACAUCUCACCGCAACUACCAAUGGCUCCGCAAUCUUAUCACUGGUGAUGAGAAGUGGGUGUUAUAUAUUAACUACACGCACAGACGCCAGUGGCUUAGUGCUGGUCAGACAGGCGUAGCAACACCUAAGCCUGAUCUGCAUCCCAAGAAGGUGAUGCUGAGCGUUUGGUGGGGCGUCAAUGGGGUUAUUCACUGGGAAAUUCUUCCAAAUGGUUGUACCAUCACUGCUGAUCUCUACUGUCAACAAUUGGACCGGGUUGCCGAAAAACUCAAGGGAAAGCAGGAUCGCAUCUAUUAUUUGCAUGACAAUGCCCGACCCCAUGUUGCAAAGUCGACCUGCGAAAAAUUAUUGAAGCUCGGAUGGAUUACCAUUCCUCAUCCACCUUAUUCUCCUGACUUGGCUCCAACGGACUACCAUUUAUUUCGUUCUCUCUCGCAUCAUUUGGCUGAGAAAAAAUUCGACAACGAGAACGACCUAAAAAUGGAUAUCGCCAACUUCUUUGAUCAAAAAUCCCAGGAGUUCUACGAACGCGGGAUCCUAUCUCUGCCAGAGCGUUGGCGACAAGUCAUAGAUAGUAGUGGUGCAUAUAUAACUGAAAGCUAG